CAUUUUUUUCUCUCUAUUUUUAUUUGGUUUUGUUUCUGGGUUCUGUUUGUUUCCUGGGAAAAUUUGGUAUGAGAUUUUAGCAAAUGGGCUUUGUUAAUUUCCUGAGAAAAUCAAGGAUUAGAUAAAAAGAUAUUGUUCAGAUAUGAAGAUAAAUCCAUGCCUAAAGUCUUCGAAUUGUCAGCUAACAUGGUUCAGAAGAAGAAGAAUGAGAGGCCUCUGACAUUCAAAGGUCGAUUACUAAUCUUUUAAAAGUUGAUUACGUAUAAUUGUUAAGGCUUUCGAUUGUGGAGUAGAGUGCAAGACUGUUAUGUUCUCAUUGUUAUGCUUUUUCGGGAAUUGCAGAACAUAUGCAAGGAUUGAAUCUUGUGAUAGAAUGGUUGUUACUUUGAUUUAACUUGAAGAAACUCCUAGUUGUUCAUCAUUUGGUUUAUGCUUUCUUAGAGCGAUAUUACUUGUUUAAAGAUGUAGUUUCUCUUUUAGGUUGCAUUUUAUUUUGGGGGCAUUUGAUAGUUGCUUGAUCUAGACAUUUGAUGGAGUCCUUAAGAAGGAAAAGAAAAGGUCUUGAAAUUUUUCCAUCGUAUGGAAAGUUAUUAACUUCAUCUACUGUUAUUUGGUCCCGCUUAUCGUUGGAAGAUUACUCAAGGCAGAAGAAAAAAUGUAAGGAGAAUGAAGGCAAGGAAACUGGCUCCAAUAGGAGGAUAGUUAAAGGAGCUGUAACUGCCCCACAUUGUACAAGUUCCUCGCUGGAUCCACCCUGUAGGGGUCAUAAGAGGAAAAUCGGGUGUAUAGAUUCAGUCACACAAUUAGGCAGGAAGAAAAAGAUUGAACAACAUUAUGAUUUGGGUGCUAAAAUUGGGCAAGGGAAGUUUGGGUCCGUGGUGUUGUGCAGAAGUAAAAUUACCGGAGAAGAGUUUGCAUGCAAAAUGUUGAAGAAGGGUGAAGAUCUUGUACAUCGAGAGGUGGAGAUAAUGCAGCACCUUUCUGGUCAUCCAGGCGUUGUGACAUUGAAGGCAGUGUAUGAGGAUUCAGAAUCGUUUUAUCUUGUGAUGGAGCUCUGUUCUGAGGGACGGCUGCUUGACCAGAUGGCUAGGGAAGGGCAAUAUUCAGAGCAUCGUGCUGCUAAUAUAUUGAGGGAGUUGGUAUCAGUCAUCAAAUAUUGUCAUGAUAUAGGCGUUGUUCAUCGUGACAUAAAGCCUGAGAACAUCCUCCUUACUACAUCGGGGAGUAUAAAGCUUGCAGAUUUUGGGCUAGCUGUGAGGAUUGCAAACGGUCAGAGCCUAACAGGUAUGGCUGGCAGUCCAGCCUAUGUUGCUCCAGAAGUUCUAUUGAGAGAUUAUUCAGAAAAAGUUGACAUUUGGAGUGCCGGUGUCCUUCUCCAUGCCCUUCUUGUUGGCACUCUUCCAUUUCAAGGUGACUCAUUGGAUGCGGUAUUUGAUGCAAUUAAGAAGGCCAAUCUUGAUUUUGAAAGUGGAAUAUGGGAGUCAGUAUCCAAACCUGCAAGGGAUCUAGUCUCCCGUAUGCUGACAAGGGAUGUUUCAGCAAGACUAACUGCUGAUGAAAUACUAAGGCAUCCAUGGAUCUUGUUCUAUACAGAACCUACCCUGAGGGGACUUAAAAUGACACCAAAGUUAAGAAACGAUGUUAGACUAACUUCUCGACAACUGACUCUCAAAGCAUGGAUGGAAUCGGAGAGAUGCGAUAUAGCGACCAGUACUCUUAAUGAUGAUUCUAGCCUGAUUUCGCCAUCCGGCGGUUCAACAAACAGGUUGGAUGAACAAGACUGCGGAUUGGUUGAUGUUCUCGCUAUGGCAAUAUCACGUGUCAGAAUAUCUGAACCAAAGAGAAGCAGGCUUUGUGGUCCUGCUAUCCCUAUCCAACAAGAGUGUUCCUCUAACAUUAAGGUUAACAGUCUCUGUGCAGCUUUCUGAUCAUCAAUAACUGGUAUCCUGAUACGUCGCUGCUGCAUGAGCGAUAAGAUGACAAUGGGAGUGAAAUGAUACCGAGUAUAUAUAUCAGCUGUGAGAACGGUAUGAAACUUAACUAGUGUGUUUUAUGCGCUCUCCCUCUUUCUUUAACUGUGUGUUUAGCUUGACAUGGCAUGCUUGGCUUGUGAUUUCACUGUAAAUAGAGUCUGGGCGAUUAUGUUUAACCAUAUGCCUAACUAGAAAUAUUGUGCACUAGUUUUUUACCAAUGUAUAUAGUUUAUUAAUAACAGAACUUGUCUGGUUCAAUGCUA